GCGCAGGAGGAAUUCAUGGAGCUGCUGGAGCUGCUGGUGUCCCGCGCUCGCACCUACGUGCCCUCGCUGGCUGCCAUGGAGGAGUUCCACCUGAGCCUCUCGCAGUGCGUGGUGCUGCGCUACCACUGGAUAGACCUCUUCGUCCGCUCCCUCAGGGAGCGCCUGGCUGCCUUCCACAGGUUCUUCUGCGUGGCUGACCAAGUGAAGGUUUACACCAACCAGAACAAAACCAGGACCUUUAUUGGCUUGGAGGUCUCUGCUGGGCAUUUCCAGCUGCUGGAGCUAGUCUCGGAGGUGGACAGAGUUCUGGAGGAAUUUGACCUUCCCACAUUCUACAAGGACCCAUCAUUCCACAUCAGCUUGGCCUGGUGUGUUGGGGACCUAUCUGGCAAGCUGGAAGGGCAGUGUCUACGGGAGCUCCAGGACAUUGUGGACGGGUUUGAGGAUUCGGCGCUCCUGCUGCGUAUCCACUGGGAGCAAAUCCGCUGCAAAUCAGGGAACAAGUACUUCUCCUUCCCCUUGAGGUAG